AUGGCCUCUACCCCCCAACCCCGACGCCCGGUGCGUAUCGGCGGCGCCUCUGGUGGUUUCACUGAUCGCGUCGCUGCCAUCAACCGUCUCGCCAGCGAUCCGGAGAUGGAUGCCAUCGUCGGCGACUGGCUCUCGGAGAAUGUCAUGACGGGCUACGGAGCGGGCAAGGCCCGCAAGAUCCAGAACGGCCUCGACCGCGACGACCUGCCCCUGGAGGAGCGCAAGAAGACGGCGCAGUUCGCGAGCACCUUCCUCCAGUGCUUCGAGCCGGCUAUCCAGAACCUGGCCAAGAAUGACGUGAAACUGGCCGUCAAUGCCGGCGCCAGUGAUACCAAGCUGCUGGCUGAGGUGUGCGACAACAUGGUCAAGAAGGCCGGGCUCGACCUCAAGGUUGCGUGGGUCGAGGGUGACGAUGUCACCGUGCCCUUCAAGAAGAUGGUCGCCCAUGGGCAUGUCUUCAAGAACAUGUCUGAUGGCAAGACUCUCCAAGAGUGGGGAUUCGACCCCAUCUGUGCUCAAGCAUACCUGGGUAGCAUGGGUAUCGCGGAAGCCCUGCGCCAAGGGGCGGAUAUUGUCAUUUGUGGUCGUGUCGCUGAUGCAGCGCCGACCAUGGGCGUGGCCGCCUGGUGGCAUGGAUGGAAUGCGAACCAACUCGACGAGCUCGGUAGCGCCUUGAUCGCUGGACAUAUCAUCGAGUGUUCCGCGUUUGCGACGGGCGGUUACUACAGCCGCUUCAAAGACCUCAUGAAGGCCAAGAAGCACCUUAACCUGGGCUUCCCCAUCGCUGCAGUCCAUGCCAAUGGCGAGUUUGACAUUCUCAAGGAGAAGAACACCAACGGCGUCGUCAAUGUGGAGACGGUGGCCUCGCAGCUCGUGUAUGAGAUCUCCGGCCCUCUCUACUUCAACUCGGAUGUCGUAGCAGAUAUCCACCACAUCAAGACAGAACAGCUGGGCGAGGACCUUGUCCACGUCAGCAACAUCAAGGGGCUGCCGCCACCGCCCACCACCCGCUGCGGCAUUACUGCCCAGGGCGGCUUCCAGGCCGAAUGGCACUUUUACCUCGUCGGCCUGGACAUCGAGGAGAAGUGCCAGUGGAUGGAGGAGCAAGCCCGCUACGCCAUUGGCGAGGAGCUUAUGAGCAAGUUCUCCAUGAUCAAGUUUCAUGUGCAUGGCACCUCACCGGAGAACCCAAGAAACCAAGAGAUUGCUACGGUCGACUUCCGCAUCUUUGCUCAAGCGCGCGAUGCUGCGCUCUUUGACCCCAGUCUCACCGAUGGAUUUAGCAGGAAGCUCUACGAGACGGUCUUGCAGUCAUGUCCUGGUGUUUCACGCCCCAACGACUUGCGCCAGUCUACUGCAAAGAGCUACUUUGAGUACUACCCGACGCUGGUGCCGCAGUCUAUCUGCAAUCACCGCGUCCAUCUUCUCUUUGGGGACCGUAGCUCUACAGAUAUCCCCCUUCCCUCGGAGAUGAGGGAAUACGGCCUUCAAGAGUCCUAUAAUACCAAGGACCCUGUGCCUCUAGAGACCUUCGGUGAGACUGUAGAUGCACCUCUCGGCUACGUUGCCCUCGGCCGCUCAGGUGACAAGGCCUCAGAUGCAAAUGUCGGGUUCUUCGUCCCCAACCAGGAGCAGUGGGACUGGCUGAGGUCCUUCUUGACAAUGGAGAAGAUCAAGGAGCUCCUCGGCCCUGAGGAAUAUGAGGGCGGCCGCAUUGACAGAUUUGAGAUGGGCAACAUCCGCGCCGUCCACUUCCUGCUCAAGAACCACCUAGACCGCGGGUACAACUCGGGAUCAAAACUAGACACGCUGGCGAAGAACUUGUGCGAGUAUCUGAGAGCGAAAUAUGUGCCAAUCCCGCGCAAAUUCCUGGAGAACGGCAGGAUAUGA